UCAAGUGGUUCGUCAAGCGUGGCAACGAUCUGCAAAGUAGUCGUUGUCGAAAGAGGUGCUAACGUCAUCUAUUUUACAUCGAGGCUCGCUGUCCGGCUAUACUUGAUGAUAUUUGGAAAAGAAACGUCAACAAUCAUUUCUUCCAAAGGAUCGCACAGAGUUUGUAAAAAGAGGAACUUUUGGCAGGCAUCACAAUGGCGCUCAGGCCAUUUCGGAUGGUGUCGUGCGUCCGUUUCGGUCGGCGAUACAGAAUUUUGGUCUGCUGCGCCUUCUUUGUUAUUCUUGGGAUGCUGGGCUUUCAACACAAAGAACAGGAAACUGAAAGCCUUUUACAAGAGUUAGUUGUGAGGCGGCAAAGCGAAACAAAAGGAGAGGACUCUGGCACCGUCAUUGGUGAAGCGCCAAAGCGAAACGUGUCGCAAGUCGCACGGUCCGUACCACGGCAGAAUCCGGACAGGUCUUACCAGUUAAAUGACGUUACCGAAGAAAACAAGAAGGUGUCCCACCGGUUGACUGACAUUUUGGAAGAACGCAAAAGGGUGGGACCAUGUCCAACAUUCCACAGCAGAGAAUGUACACCCAUUCCCAUCGAUCUGGUAUACACCUGGGUCAAUGGCUCAGACCAAACCCUACUGAGGAACCUGAGGGUGGCCAAAGAGCAACUGGAUGUAGAGCAAGGACUUCUGAGUGCCAAGCCGCAAUGCCCGCUGUCCAAAUGCGUGGUGGCACCCAUGGUGGUGUUUGAUCCUGGUCUACCGGAAAACACCACCUCUGAAGACCUAUCCGUGGCUUUGCCCUCCUUCUCCACUGCCAAGGCGGUGCUGCAGCUCACCAAACCCCAGCAACCCUCCCACAGAGUCACCGUGGUCGUCUUCCAUUCGCAAGCUGACGCUGAAAAGGCCUUGACGGAAACGCUCCGACACAAGACAUUGUCCAUCUACAAAAGCUACCUGACCACGGACCAAGCGGCUCCGGGUCUAGUCCAAAUGGAGACCCUGGCCUACCUCCACGGCUUCCCAAACUCCUACAAGGCGUCAGAGGAACUGCGAGGCAAAUUGCCGCCGGCCAUAACGGAAAAGAUAACAGCGUUGGAGUUGUACCCGGAUGCCAGCCUCGCUCUGCUCUUCUUCAGAACUCCACGAGACUUGACUGAUCUCCAAAAGGCUAAAAAUCAACUGAAAGUGGAUGAAAAGCAAGUGACCAUCAGUCCUGUUCACUUCUUCUGGAACAUGAGCGCCAUCCAACAGGUUGAACGUUGCCAAUUCGCAUGAUGCGACGUGAUUCCCUCUCUGAUCAUGUCAAAUAUAUCUAUCUUUUUUUUUUUUCCAGUC